ACGAGAAAGAAGCCUGGUCUCCUCGUGCCGCUAUGGAGAUGUCUUCCUCUUCCUCCCCCGGGUUCCCUCCGCUCCAAGUUUUUUUCCUUCUGCAUUGAUCGUUCGCAGAGAAAAUAUGGGGUCCAGACAGGGAUGAGCCCGGAGAUGGGUAGCCCUUGAGGGCAGCCCCGGAGGCGGGGGGCGUCUGUCCCCGGCAGUCGGGGCUGAGCUGCGCCCCUCUCCGAGCACCCGGAGUGUUGCCGCCGAGCCGAGAAAUCCGUUACCAGGCUGCCGUGUCCCCAAGGGCCAUUCCAGGGCGGAAGAGGACGGGGAAAACCGCUGUGUUGAUUCUCCCGCCCUGUGGGCAGGUCGCACUGCGGGUCAGGUUACAGACAGGUGAGUCCGGCGGUUGGGCGAGUGGCUGGCGCCAGGGCACCCCGGGCCGGCCGCGCCCCCGCAGCCCCCGGAGCUGGAACGUGUCUGAUCCCCAGGAAGGGGGUGACCCUGCGGCCGUGGAGGCGGUGCCCUGCACCCCUGGGCACAUUCGAGCAGGGGCGUGGGACCGGCGGCGGGCCCUCUAUCCCCCAAAGCGGGUACAGCUGUUCUUAGAAACUUGGCAUCUUUUUCUUACCAUCUCCCCUUCCUUCUCCCCUCCCCACCAUCCCUGGCCCUCCAGGUAUAAAGGUAGAUUAAAACAAAAACAAAAACAAAAACCCAUACAAAACAAAACCCAAACCCCAAACCUAAAUUAAACCCUAAGCUAUCCAGCCAAGCUCCCAGUAGGGGCGGUAAGGGGAGGUAAACCCAUCUUGACUGGCUUCCUGGAAAGUAUUUCCCAGCCUCAGAAUUUGGGGAGCAAAUGGUUGGGGGAGCAAUCAUGGGAGUGCGGGAGGAUAAGAAAAUUGUUUUGAAGCUGCGUUUGCAUAACUAGCACUUGGCUUUUUUUUUUCCAGAGUGUUUAUUUAGGGGUGAGAAGGUUCGCAGGAUGGAAGGGGCUUUGGGGAGGAAGCAAACGGACUGGUUUUUCUUAGAUUGUAUUGCCCAAAAUAACGUGUUCUAAAGAUGCUGAAUUUAAAAAAAAAUUUUUUUUUUUUUUUACUGUGUUUACUGGGGGAAGGGGGAGCUGUUGUAGAUGAAGGGGAACCGAAGCCCCCAAGUUCCCUCUUUACCGGAUCAGAAUCCCAGGCGUCUCCCCGCGGCCUCCACAACCGAGACUUCAACAAACCCAGGAAUGAUCCACAAGGUCCAAAGGAGCUGAGCCAUUUUCUGGCUUGCUUGUCGGAGACGAAUCCACGGGUGGGGGCCGGGGGGCGGGCACUAGCGGGAGGCCCCAGCUCGAUGCCCCGGGAAGCGCGCGCCGGGUUUCGUUCCAGGAGAUCGCCCUGAAGUGCCUGUGGUGCGGCAUGGGGCAGGGAGUUCAGAGGGAAGGGUCCUUCCCUUUUUACAAAGGGGAGGGGGGAGAAUCAGACGUUAAAUUCUUUUGCAAACAUUCAUGCCUAAGGAAGGGCUGGAACAGGCAGCCCCGGCCGCCGGAACCGGUCGGACAGGUAGCGAGCUUGUUGACACCGUUAUGUUGCAGGGCGCAUGCUCAAUCCCAAGUUUCCUGGUGCCUUUUCUAUUCCACCUUAUGAAACUUUUUUCCUCGGCGUGGUCUCACCCGCGAUUUCAGGCAGAGGUGUCGCUGAGCCCGGAGGCUGGAAGUCUCCCGGCGUGCGGGGGAGAGGCCCGGCCGCGCGGCGGCGGUGGGGGGCGGAAGGAAGGGGCAGGCGGGGCGGGAAGGUGGGCUCCGGCCGCGGGGAGCCGGGGACCAAGCCGCCGCCGCCGCCUUUAGCGGGGAGCAACCGGGACUAGGGGCCCGCAGUCCGGGGAGAGGGCCCCCACGAUGCCCAAAGUCUUCCUGGUGAAGAGGAGGAGCCUGGGGGUCUCGGUCCGCAGCUGGGAUGAGCUCCCGGACGAGGAGAGGGCAGACACCUACAUCCCAGUGGGCCUGGGCCGUCUGCUCCACGAUCCCCCAGAGGACUGCCGCAGCGACGGCGGCAGUAGCACCGGCGGCGGCAGCAGCAGCGCGGGGGAGCCGGGAGGCGCAGAGAGCAGCUCGUCCCCGCGCGGCCCGGAGCGCGAAACCCCAGAGCCCGGCGACCGCGAGGGCCCGGAUGGACACCUGGCGGCGAAGCAGCGCCCGGUCGCCAGGUCGAAAAUCAAGUUCACCACAGGCACCUGCGGCGAUGCGGCCCUGCAUAGCUGCGACCUGUGCGGCAAGGCCUUCCGUCUGCAGCGCAUGCUCAACCGGCACCUCAAGUGCCACAGCCAGGUGAAGAGGCACCUGUGCAGCUUCUGCGGAAAGGGCUUCAACGACACCUUCGACCUCAAGCGGCAUGUGCGCACGCACACAGGCAUUCGCCCCUACAAGUGUGAUGUCUGCCACAAAGCCUUUACUCAGCGCUGCUCCUUGGAGUCCCACCUGAAGAAGAUCCACGGGGUGCAGCAGCAGUACGCCUAUAAGCAGCGCCGGGAUAAGCUGUACGUCUGCGAGGACUGCGGCUACACGGGCCCCACCCAGGAGGACCUGUACCUGCACGUGAACGGUGCCCACCCCGGCAGCGCGUUCCUCAAAAAGACAUCCAAGAAACUGGCAGCUCUCUUGCAAAACAAGAUGACGUCCUCGCUCCAGGGAAACGCCAACCUGAGCGAGGAGGAGGAGAAGUAGGAGAGGGGCGUGGAUGCCAACUCUGCCACGUGUCCACGGAUUCCUGGUCUUGUAGGUCCCCUGCCCCACAUGCUUUUCCAGAGUCCAAGUGGUCCGUUCAUCUCUCUGUCCUGGGGGCCUCAAUGGGGGCUCCGUGCCAAUACUGUCAUUGAUAACAGUGGCAUUAGGCCCCUGCUGGAACUGGCUGCUGGGCCCUCAGGAACGCUAUCACACUAAUGGAAGCUUGUGGAGGGCUGUGAUCACCGUCUGGGUCUAGUUUUUGUUUUUGUUUUGUUUUUAGGAUUUUCACACAUGGAGGCAGGGGUGUUCUGAGAGAAACACCCUUGGAGAGAUUGAUAUGGUGCCUUGAAAUAAAAGUACUUCCACUUGAAAUGCUACUCCAGCAAGGAAAACGAAUUCUGUUAUUCUGAAAGCAUUGGCCGGAAUUAUUCUAAUAAAGGGAACAUCCUUGUGGAA